AUAUUUACGUUUCAGUUUCCGGACUUGGAAUUUUUUUAUCUUGUAGGUUUCUUCGUUUCAGUUUUCGGACUUGGGCUUGGAAUUUAUUUUCAUUUUGGUUUUCGGACUUGGAAUUUCUUUUUUGUAGGUUUCUUCGUUUCAGUUUUCGGACUUGGGCUUGGAAUUUAUUUUCAUUUUGGUUUUCGGACUUGGAAUUUCUUUUUUGUAGGUCAGUUUCCAGACUUAAGUUUAACUCCUAUCAGUAAAGAGGUUAUGGGAUUCUAUUUUUGUUUCUUCGUUUCAGUUUUCGGACUUGGGCUUGGAAUUUAUUUUCAUUUUGGUUUUCGGACUUGGAAUUUCUUUUUUGUAGGUCAGUUUCCAGACUUAAGUUUAACUCCUAUCAGUAAAGAGAUAUUUACGUUUCAGUUUCCGGACUUGGAAUUUUUUUAUCUUGUAGGUUUCUUCGUUUCAGUUUUCGGACUUGGGCUUGGAAUUUAUUUUCAUUUUGGUUUUCGGACUUGGAAUUUCUUUUUUGUAGGUUUCUUCGUUUCAGUUUUCGGACUUGGGCUUGGAAUUUAUUUUCAUUUUGGUUUUCGGACUUGGAAUUUCUUUUUUGUAGGUCAGUUUCCAGACUUAAGUUUAACUCCUAUCAGUAAAGAGGUCAUUCAUUUCGGUUUCUGGACUUUGGCUUGGAAUUUCUUUUUUGUAGAUAUUUACGUUUCAGUUUCCGGACUUGGAAUUUUUUUAUCUUGUAGGUUUCUUCGUUUCAGUUUUCGGACUUGGGCUUGGAAUUUAUUUUCAUUUUGGUUUUCGGACUUGGAAUUUCUUUUUUGUAGGUUAUGGGAUUCUAUUUUUAUUUCUGACGAUUUUGCUACUCCAGAACUGAUUCCAGUUCUGAUUGGCGAAUUUUUUAUUUCAUCUUUUUUUUUAAGUAGUGGUAAAUCUACUUUGGCUAAUGUAUUGACUGGUACUAACCAAUUUAAAGAAAGCAACUAUUCUAUUAGCCAAACUAAAGCAAUCCAAAGAUGUCAAUUUGUUGAGGAGGAAAUAACCUAUGAAGUAAUUGAUACUAUUGGUUUAAAUGAUACUAAACUAAAUCGAGAAGAUAUUUUAUAUAAAUUAGUUGAGUUAGCUCAUGAAUUAAAAGAUGGUUUGCAUCAAAUUCUUUUAGUUACUAAUGGUCGCUUUACUGAGGAAGAAAUCCAAGUUUAUCAAAUAUUAGAAACAGUUCUUUUUGAUGAAAAUGUGAAAAACUAUACUACAAUUGUACGAAUUAACUUUGAGAAAUUUGAAAAUGAGGAAGAAUGCCAAAAAAUCAAAGAUUAUUAA